AAAAAAAGAGAGAAAUUCGUCAAACGAAAUUGAGAUCCGAGGCACAGGUCGAGGCAUUUGUACAUUCAUUUUUCUGGAUUGGGGGGAAAAGGAAGUUCAUCACAAAAGAUAGGAUUUCCGAAUUUUAUGGACUUUGAUUCCAUCAAGGCAGGAGACGCUUCACCCAAGAAUUCUUCUAGCAUUUGCAACAAGGGCACACUCAUUGAGGCAAACACCUUCGCUCAUUGCGGGAAGGCUAAAAGCUGGAACAGCUUCAACAGAUUGAACUACCAGGAGUCAAGUCAUGGAUCACUUCCAAGGGUUGCUGACCCAAAGGAAAAUGGCGAAGCAGGAAAUGAUGCAGCAGACUCCAUGUGCUUCACUGAUCUGCCGGCCGCAUUGGUCUCUGAAAUCCUUGCCCGCCUUGAUCCAAAGGGGCUUGGGAUCGUAUCUUGUGUCUCCACAGGUCUGCAGGCCCUAGCCACGGAUCAUCACGGGUGGAAGAAAUUCUACUGUGAAAGGUGGGGACUACCGAGUGUUCCCAUCGGACCAUUAGUUCCAAGUGGAACUCCAGAUGGAAGGUCGUGGAAAACAUUGUUUGUGGAUCGGGAGUUUCAAAGUAAAUCAUUCAUGGGAAGAUUCAGUGUGGAUAUUCUCCGUGGCCACGAUGAGGAUGUACGCACCGUGUUUCUUCUGGCAUCUGCAAAUCUGAUAUUCACUGGUGGUCAUGAUUCUGUGGUUCGGAUGUGGGAUAUGGAGGAAGGUCUACUGAUUGAUGAGUCCCGUCCGUUUGGUUGCACUAUCCGAGCAAUUGCAGCUGACAGUAGGCUUUUGAUAACUGGGGGAUCCAAAGCCUUCAUCCAGUGUUGGAGGGCUACUGAGGGGGCCUCGCACCUUUUCCACAUUUCUGGAAUUGGUACUAACCAGAAUUCUGAAUUUCGCCUCUGGGGGCAUGAAGGACCCGUGACUUGUCUUGCCUUGGAUUCGGCGAGGAUUUACAGUGGUUCUUGGGAUAUGACUGUUCGUGUUUGGGACAGAGCUCAGAUGAACUGUGUACAGAAGUUUAUGCAUGCUGACUGGGUUAUGGCCCUGGCUCCUCAUGGAAAUACUGUUGCCAGUACGGCUGGUAAAGACGCCUAUGUAUGGGAUCUCGGCAGUGGUGAGUUAACAACUAUAAUUUCCAGAGCCCAUGUUGGUAAUGCAUAUUCUGUAGCUCGAACACACCUGGCAGAUGUGCUAUUUACUGGAGGAGAAGAUGGUGCAAUUCGCUUGUUCGAUGUUUCUGAGAUGUCUGGUAACGAGAAUAUUAAACCAGCUGCUACAUGGGUGCCACACACUGGCCCUGUUCAUUCUCUUGCUUUUGAGUAUCCAUGGCUUGUUUCUGCCUCUAGUGAUGGCAGGAUCGCACUAAUUGAUUUAAGGAAGAUCCUGACCCCACCGAACUCGCGCCAGUUUAGGGUUAAGACCAUUGAUCCAAGUGCCAUAGAACCUCCACAGAGGAUGCUUCAUGGCUUUGGAUGCUAUCUGUUCUCCGUUGACAUUGGUGCAGAUAGGAUCAUAUGUGGGGGUGAGGAUGGUGCUGUUAGGGUCUGGAACUUCUCAGAAGCACUGGAGAUUGAGAAGAGAGCACUGGCUUUAAAGAGUUUGAGGCAGGAGAACCGGAUGAGACGGAAGAAGGCACAAGUAGAGAUGAACGCAAAUGGCAGAAGGGCUGAUCAAUGUUCAGUAGCCAUGAAGAGAAACCAACUCAAGGGUGAUAAGAGUGCCACUUGGCAAAUCAAGCGUUCCAUUAAUGACAAGGUCAAGUCUUAGACCAGGAUUUGUACCUUUCUUUACUUUAUCACAUGGUCAAGUUGAUUUUGUAUUUCUCUCCAAGCUAGGUUUGCUACGUAGGUCAACAUUGACAUUUUUAUAUAUUCAACUUAUACCUCGUGCACUAUGGUCCCUUUUAAUCUGUAUUCAACCUUUAUUCGACCUGGUGUAUAUAUUGAUCUAAUGGAAGAAAGUUUCCACA